AUGACCAGCCUCGCACGCUCCUUCAAGUCCUCGGCGGCGUACCUCUCGCCCGUCCGACGCCCCGGGAUCCCUGGCCGUACCCUGUCCAGCUCGUCCGAGCUGUCCUUGACCUCGACGACGAGCGGGCCGCCCGGCGACGAUGCUGCUUCGGCUGACGAAGCCGUCGUCUCGGCACCGGGGACGCCCGCUUUUCCUGCUGCUGAUGCGGAGCGGCGGGCGUCAGCCAAGCCUCCAAAUAGCCCUGGCGGCAUCCCCUUCCGCUCCUGUGCCAGCACGAGCCACCCCAUCACCAUCGAACUUCCCAAACACGUCCAAAGGCACAACUCCUCGACCGUCUCGACGCCUCUGGAACCACUCUCGGCGCGAGGCGACCUCCCAGGAGGAUAUUUUCCCAUGCACGAAGAUCCUACGAACCGAGUCCAUCGCCCCCACCCCUUCCACAGCGACACCGCCUUUGCUCGCCACCACUUGCUGACCUCGGACUCGGCCGCGCACGCGACCGACGCCCGCGUCGUGCCCAAAUCCUUCCCCGCGAGGAACCCGUCGACGACGGCCAUGGCGCCACCCAUCGUGCCCGUCGCCUCGUAUCUGGCGCCGGGAUUCCACGACAACCCGCUGCCCGUCGGCAAGUACUACCCGUCCAACUACGAGCGCCUUCACGCCGCGCAGAGCCGGCAACGCGCCCGACCGGAUGACUCGCCGUCGUCGCAAACGACGUCCGACGCGCCCGUCCCCGCGAGCGGUCGAGAGGCGACGCAGGCUGAGGCGCGCCGCAAGAUGCAGCAGUAUCAACGCGACAUGAUUGCCCAGGCUGCCCUUGCCCUCGGCGAUUCCUCCCAGACCCUCUCCAAGACGGGCACCACCAUUUCGCUCAACGGCCUGCCUCUCAGGGACUCCCUGGCCGCCGUGGCGUCGCACGAUCCCGCCUCCCCCCGGCUGAACCCGCUGGGGAGCCCCGGCCCCGUGACGCCGAUGGAUCUCGACGCCGGCCGCGCCGGGUACCUCGACAAGGGUGAUGGCCGGCUGAUGGCGGGCACGUCGGUCCCUCGUACUGCCGGCUACGCGGCCCGCCCUACCUGA